UGUUGUUUUAUUUUCAUCCCUCAUCCCCCUGCACCAUUACAGACCCAAUAUCAAAUAUCAAUACUCAGCCUUAGAUAGUGGCAAUGGUGUCGUUGAACGUUCGCCCCGUGAGCGGGCUCAGCGAGAAAAGGCGCUCAAUGCCACCCAAGAAUGGGUACAACAAUCGAAUGGUCGUUAUGAGGUAAUUGCCCAUUUGGAUGAGAUCGGUUCGAGGCAUGGGAAAAAUUGGUUCCUCGUAACUGAUUCUUCGGUCCGCACUGAUCGCCUUAUGACCAUGUUAACCCUGCCUCCGGAUUGUGUUGCCUUCGAAGAUCUCUCACCCAAUGAAAGUCCAAAGGGUAUUCUAAUGGAAUUAUUGGGUUCUCUGCAUCAUCCCUAUAUCUAUCCAGUGCUCGAUUUGGGCUUUCUUCAUAUCAGUUCGGGAAAUUUCGCCUGUUUGGUAACGCCCUUCAAUUCCCGUGGUAGUCUUAAGGAUUUAAUCUAUAAGGCCCAAUGGAACGAACCAUGGUCACGUAAAUAUACACGAAAACCAAAUGGCCUACCAGUCACGCAAGUCCAACGUUUGGGUCGUCAAAUCUUGGAGGCACUGCUGUUUCUAAAAGAGCGUGGCUUCCCGCUACACGGUCAUUUGCACAGUGGAAAUGUGAUUUUACAAAAUGGUGCUGCCAGGUAA